CUGGUAUUUUAUUGAUUUGGAAUUUUUUAAAGAUCAAGAUGGUGGUGAUUGUGAUGAAAUAUUUUCAUUAUAAUGUCAUGCAUUGGCUGUGAUUAUUAUACAUCAAGUUAUUCAAUUAAAAUAAUGGAAUGGAUAGUCCAUGCUCACUAUUGUUGUCAUCUUUCGGUGAUCAGAGCCCCACUGAUAGAGUAAUUAAUCAUCAACUUCAAAAGCUCUCACUUUAUUCACCUGAUUCAAUUGAUCUUGGUUAUCAUACUCUUGAUAAUAAUACUAAUAAUCCUUAUCGUUCAUCAUCAUCACCAUGUUCAUCAAAUUUACAUUCAACAAGACAACAAUAUCAACAUAAAAAACAACAACAUUAUCAUCAUCAUCAUCAUCAUGUUGGUCUACUGCAGCUAGAUGACAAUAUAUUAUUAAAAAUAUUUAGUUGGCUAAGUACAAGAGAACGUUGUAGAUUAUCACAAACAUGUCAUAGAUUAUGGGAAAUUGCUUGGCAUCCAUCAUUAUGGCGUGAUAUUGAAAUUAAAACUCAUAAUCCAAUAAUUGCAUUAAAAUCAAUUGCAAUACGUGGUUGUCAUACAUAUAUUAAACGACUUAAUAUUGAAGGAACAACAAAUUUUACAAAUAUAUUUACAUUACUUAAAUUUACAAGUUUAACAUCAUUAAUAUUACGAAAUUCACGUAAAUUAAAUGACAAUGAUAUUACAACAAUACUUGAUAAUUGUCAAUAUUUAAAAGAACUUGAUUUAACUGGUUGUAUUUAUGUUACAAGAGUAUAUUCACAAAUUGGUACAACAAUAUUAGAAUCACUUGAUUUAAGUGAUUGUCAUUGUGUUGAUGAUUCUGGUCUUGUUAUGACAUUAUCAAAAACACCAAAUUUAGAAUUUUUAUAUCUACGAAGAUGUAUUAAAAUAACUGAUGCAAGUCUUGUUUCUGUUGCAUCUUAUUGUUGUUCAAUGAGACAAUUAUCUGUUUCUGAUUGUAAUAAAAUUACUGAUUUUGGUAUUAGAGAACUUGCUGCUAGACUUGGUCCAUCAUUGAGAUAUUUAUCAGUUGGUAAAUGUGAUCGUGUUUCUGAUGCUGGACUGUUAGUUGUUGCUAGACAUUGUUAUAAAUUAAGAUAUUUAAAUGCACGUGGUUGUGAAGCAUUAAGUGAUACAGCAACAGUUGCACUUACAAGAGGUUGUCCAAGAUUACGUGCAUUGGAUAUUGGUAAAUGUGAUGUUGGUGAUGUUACACUUGAGGCAUUGUCAACUGGUUGUCCAAAUUUAAAAAAAUUAUCAAUUUGUGGAUGUGAUCGGGUUACUGAUACUGGACUUGAGUCAAUUGCUUAUUAUAUCAGAGGAUUGAGACAACUUAACAUUGGUGAAUGUCCAAGAAUUACUAAAAUUGGAUACAGAGCUGUUAAAAGUUAUUGUCGUCGUUGUGUUAUUGAACACACAAAUCCAGGAUUUUCAAGCUGACAAUUAUUUCCAAUAAUUAAAUAGUUUUUAUUUAACAUUUUUUUUUUAUUACAAUUUAUGAUUUUUUUAAAUAGAAAGUAAUUUAAUUUUUUCUAAUCAAAUUGAAAUUAUAAAUUAAUUUAUUGAUAAAUUAUUUUUUUUUAUUUUUUAUACUAAAAAAAAUUAAUAACUAUAUAUUUAGUAGUUAUUUUAAAAGAAAAAAAAAAGUUAUCUACAUUUAGAAAAAUUUUUAUAAAUAAUUAUAAUGUUUAAUAUUUUUAUAAUCAAAAUUUUUCUUGUAACAAUGUUUAUUUUUUUCAAUUAGGUAAAAUAAUUGAUUAUUAGCAAAAUGUUAAAAAUUUUAAGUAGACAUUUAUUGAUAAUAUUAUUAUUGUGAAAUAGUUGAAUAAAAAAUUUAUUAAAGUUGAUUAUUUAAUAAUUAUUUUUGAA